CACGAUGGACGUUCUCGCUCUUGAGAAAGUUGCGUUUUUUUACCAGUGACAACGUAAUAAAACCCGUCAUUCUCAGUAGUGUAUGCCAACUUCUGUAGAGGCGGUGGGCUUCAUCGUUUGAGAAGCUCCCAGAAUCCGAGAAGAGGAAGGCAAAUUUGAGCUAAAAUUACACCUCUACUUUCAGUUUUGCCCCCCGCCCAUUCUAUCGAUUUGUAAUUCGCAGCUUUACUGAGGAAAUUUAGGGUCCAGCGCGGUUCGUGUUGCCGCAAUCGCCUUGGAGAGCUCAACUAGCAUUUCAAAAGGAAAAAAAAAAAAGGCUAGGAUCGCAAGCACAUCGGCACUAGUUCGGUGGCAGAGUUGAGAAUCCAAACAGUCACAACGAUAAUUUAAUCUUCAAUGGACGACAAGGUCGGGUCGUCUUUGCCAAAAGAUAUCCUCAAUUGGCUGUUUGCUUAUUCUAAAUCCACAAGUCUAGCGGAUGCCUUGCAAGCUCUUGUGAAUAUAUCAAGAACUGCAGAUGGGCGUGCCGAUCUUGCUUCAAAGAAUGUCCUUGCCUUGAUACUUGAUCUGAUUCAAGGACACUUGGAAUAUUUGAAUUCUGAACUUCUGGUAUCAUCACUGAAGCUUCUGAGGAACCUAUGUGCUGGAGAGGUUGUAAAUCAGGAUACCUUCAUUGAGAAGAAUGGAGUUGGGAUCAUUUUGACUGUCUUGAGGUCUGCAAUGCAUACUCCUUCCUUAGACUGUGGAGCCGUCAGGAUGGCCCUGCAGGCUCUGGCAAAUGUCUCGUUGGCUGGAGAGAGACAUCAACAAACUAUUUGGGUUCAAUUCUUUCCAAAUGAAUAUCUCACGCUUGCAAGAAUUCGGAGUCAAGACACGGUUGAUCCUUUGUGUAUGAUACUAUAUACUUGUCAAGAUGGGAACCCUGUACGCCUGGCAGAGCUGUGUGGAGAUCAUGGUUUGUCUUUGGUGACAGAAAUUGCUCGAACUGCUUCAAUAGUUGGAUUUAGAGAAGAAUGGUUUAAGUUGCUUCUCUCAGUUAUCUGCUUAGAAGAAGCUCAUUUACCCACUUUAUUUGCCAAACUAGCCAUUGCUCCUGCUAUUGACAGCAAAGAUGUCCAAAUGGACUGUGAUGAGUUUUCACCGGAACAGGCGUUUCUCCAGAGGAUCGUGUCAGAGAUCCUAAAUGAGCGAAUGGACGAUGUCACUGUCUCUACCGAGUUUGCAUUAUACAUUCUUGGAUUGUUCAGAAAAGCUAGCGGGUUUGUUGAUUUUUCGGAAAGGGGCAAGUUUGGUCUUCCUACAGGGUCCUCUCCAAUUGAUGUCCUUGGGUACUCGCUCACCAUGCUGAGAGAUAUUUGCGCGCAGGAUGGUGCGCGAGGACCCACGGAAAAUGCACAAGACGCAACGGGCUCACUUCUCUCCUCGGGUCUUUUGGAUUCGCUUCUGAAUUUGCUCCGUGAACUUGAGCCUCCCACCAUUAUCAGAAAAACCACUGAUCAUGGUCAGUGCCAAGGGAAUGCAGAUUCUAAACAACUGAAGCAUUGCCCUUACAAGGGGUUUCGGAGAGAUAUUGUCGCCGUCAUUGGCAACUGUUUGUACUGGAGGAAGAGCGUGCAAGAUGAGGUCAGAUGCAAGGAUGGGGUUUUUCUGCUUAUGCAGCAGUGCGUUGCGGAUGAAGACAACCCGUUCUUGAGGGAAUGGGGUAUUUGGACAGUCAGAAACUUGUUCGAGGGAAAUACCAAAAACCAACAAUCAGUUGCUGAAUUGGAGCUCCGGGGAACUGUUAAUACACCGGAGAUUGUAGAACUUGGUCUUCGGGUGGAGUUGGAUCACAAGACUAGAAGACCAAAGCUUGUAAACUCUGCCUGAGGACUUUUCGGAGUUCCAGAAUCCAUGAUGUGUUUCUCUGAUGUUUAA